AUGGGAAACAAAAAAAUCGCUGGACUUGAAUUGUUUCACGGCUUCAUGGAGAGACAUCCGGAGCUAUCAAUCAGAACCCCAGAGGCAUGCAGUAUUGCUCGGGCUGCAGCAUUUAACAAGCACAGUGUUAAUACAUUUUAUGAUAAGCUUGAAGAGUGUCUGAGACGUCAUCCCUCCUUUGCGGAUUGUUCUAGAGUUGGUAAUCUAGAUGAAACCUCAACAAGCACUGUCCAAAAUAUGCGGAAGAUAGUCAGCCCUAAAGGAGUAAAGCAAGUACACAAGAUGAAAUCAUCUGAACGUGGCGUAUCUGUCACUACAUGCUGCAUAGUUACUGCCUUUGGAACAAUAGUCCCUCCUGUCAUGAUUUUCUCGAGGAAAAAAUUUGUGAGUAAUAUGUUUUUGAACGCUUUUCCUGGCACUCUUGGUUUAGCCAAUGAAAAUGGGUACAUGACUAAAGACACUUUUGUAUCUGUUAUCCGCCAUCUAAUUAAGCAUACAGCAGCAUCAAAAGAAAAUCCGUUCCUUUUGUUAGUGGAUAACGUAGAAACUCAUCUCAGCGUAGAGGCUUUAAAUGUUGCUAAAGAUAAUGGUUUCACUUUGUUAACUUUCCCCCCGCACUGCACCCAUAAGCUCCAGCCCCUUGAUUUGUCUCUGUUUGGGCCAUUUAACACCCAUUAUGAUAGUGCAUUGAACUCAUGGUUGCUUCAACACCCAGGACAAGCAGUCACAAUUUACCAUGUAGCGGGUUUUACUUUUCUAUGUCCUCUGUAA